AUUGUUCAUACAGAUCAAUACAAUCACGGUGUAUCAAGGUAAUACAAAGUAAAAUACAGAAUGCAGAGUAAAGUAUCACAGCUACAGAGAAAGUGCAGUGCAGAUAGACAAUAAGGUGCAAGGUCAUAACGAGGUGGAUUGUAGGGUCAAGAGUCCACUUUAUCAUACUAAAGAACUGUUCAACAGUCUUAUAACCGCGGGAUAGAAGCUGUCCUUGAGCCUGGUGGUAUGUGCUUUCAGGCUUUUGUAUCUUCUGCCCGAUAGGAGAAGAGAGAAUGUUCAGGGUGGGUGGGGUCUCUUGAGUAUGCUGGCUGCUUUACUGAGACAGCGAGGUGUAGACAGAGUCAAUGGAGGAAAGGCUGGUUUCCGUGAUGUGCUGAGCUGUGUCCGCAACACUCUGCAGUUUCUUGUGGCCCUGGGCAGAGCAGUUGCCAUACCAAGCUAUGAUGCAUCCACAUAGGAUGCUUUCUAUGGUGCAUUGAUAAAAGUUGGUGAGUGUCAAAGGGGAUGUGCCAAAUUUCUUUAGCCUCCUGAAGAAGUAGAGGUGUCUACAUGCUUGGCUAUUGGCAAUGUUCACUCCUAGGAACUUGAAGCUCUGAACCCUCUUGACCUCAGCACCAUUGAUGUAGACAGGUGCAUGUACACUGCCCCCUUUUCUGAAGUCAAUGACCAGCUCUUUUGUUUUGCUGACAUUGAGGGAAAGGUCCUUGUCAUGUUACUAGGCUCUCUAUCUCCUUCCUGUAUCUUGACUCAUGAUAUGGUGGUAUCAUCUGCAAACUUGUAGAUGGAGUUAGAGCAGAAUCUUGCCACGCAGUCAUGGGUGUUAGUGAAGCUGCUUCAAGGUUUCACCAGCCAAUGCUGUCUGUCCAGAGAAGGUCACUUCCCCUUGUUAAAGCGCUGGUUUUCAAGAUGACUGGGAAGCUUCUUUUUGAUGUGACUGUCACAUGAAAUGAGUUAAAUUGACUUAUCGACCAUUAACAGUACUAUGAAAAUAUAGAGAGUAGAAAAUAGAUUCACACAUUUUGUAUAGAGGAUUAUGAAACUAUCAAAUUCCGAUGGCGGGUCACAAAACUUGGAUCCAACUUCCAUUGUCCGUAUGUGCAUACUUAAAGCAGUGGACACCUUCAACUCCCACCUUUGAAAAUUCGCCCUCAGCUGAUUCAGGAUUGCUUUCCCGGGAAACGGUGGCUUGGUAACAAUUGCAAAGUGCUGGAAUUUCGCCCGACAGUCAUCAAGAGAAAUAUCCCCGCUGAAAUAGCACCGUCCUUUAUCAUUUCUACGUAAACUUUCUAUGAUUAUGACUCAUGUAGAAAGUUAUUAAGUGUGUUCGAACUUGAUUGGGAAAAGAGAGAAAGUAAGAUUUUCCUUUACUGCGCCAACCACUGGUCAGGUUUAUUUGAACAGCUAGCGAGAACAUUUACCUUUUGCUUUAAAGUUCUUCCUCUCCCAUCCCACCCCCCGAGAAAUAUUCACUGGAAGCACCAAAACGUUCUCUGGUUUCCCGUAGAAGGAGUGGUUUCUAGUGCGCUGCGGGCUACGCAGGGACUGGCCGUGAAAAGGCGGAAGAGUGUUGUAUUUGGGGAAUUCCUGUUCGCAAAGUUCCUAAGUGGAGCUCCUUUCUGGUGAACCAUUAACCCUUUGGGCUGCACUGGCGAUAACAUUCUGCUUCAGACACCGCAAGUUAGAGUUUCCUCUGAGCUGGCGCCCGCUGUGUUGUGUAGGAGAGACGUGGAGCUGUCGGAGGGGGGAGAAGUGUUGUCUUCUCUCUGAGCCUGGUCACUCCUCGAAGGAUGAGCACAGGCUGGAGGCACCGGCUGCAGUGACGGAGGCGAAGAUCCGCGUCUCUCUGAAGUCAUGGAGUGCUCAGGGGGGAGCAGCUUCUCUCCCAUCUCGUCCAUCCUAGACGUGGUUCCUUACCAGAAGCUGGUGGACCUUCACUAUAUCAGCAGAGGAGGCUACGGCGUGGUGUACAGAGCGCGGCACAGCGACUGGAGGAUCAAUGUGGCUGUCAAGUGUUUACAGUUUGACACUCCAAUGGAGGAAGGUGAAAGGAACACACUGUUGAAGGAAGCAGAGGUCUUGCACAGAGCCAGAUUUUCCCACGUAAUCCAAAUUUAUGGUAUUUGCAAUGAACCUGAAUUCCUGGGCAUUGUGACAGAAUACAUGAGCAAUGGAUCUUUGGACCAGCUCCUACAUCAGAAAGAAACUUAUCCUGUAUUUCCUUGGACGUUACGACUUCGAAUACUAUAUGAAAUUGCCCUUGGAGUAAAUUUCCUGCACAACAUGAAUCCUCCAUUGCUGCAUCAUGACCUGAAGGCACAAAAUAUUCUGCUGGAUGGUGAAUUCCAUGUGAAGAUUGCAGACUUUGGACUUUCAAAAUGGCGCCGCUUAACUAUGAGUAAAUCGUCAGGCCUUAAAUCCCCCACAGCCGGAGGGACAGUUAUCUACAUGGCCCCUGAGCAGUAUGAGCCAAACAAAGUGAAACGUGCAGAUGUAAAACAUGACAUGUACAGCUACGCAAUAAUAAUGUGGGAAGUCCUCUCAAGAAAACAGCCGUUUGAAGAUGCUACAAACCCAAUACAGGUCAUGUUUAGUGUACUGCAAGGUACAAGACCUGACACCAGUGAGGAGAGUUUACCAUUGGAGAUCCCCAACCGUGAAAUUCUGAUUGAGCUGAUGAGAAGUGGCUGGUCUCAAAACCCGAACGAACGACCUUCUUUUAUUAAGUGUCUCAUAGAAUUGGAACCCGUGGUGCGAACAUUUAAUGAACUGACUCUACUUGAAGAUGUUUUAUAUCUGAAACGAGCCAAAGGGAAUUGUGCCUCAGACUUUUUCUCAGCAUCAUAUGAAAAGCUAAAUGGAGAUUUGAAGACACUUAAUAUACCAAUGCAGGCAGUGAAUACAGAGCCACAUAGCUUAUCUUCCCAACAGGAAAAUGUCUCCUUUCAGCAAUCAUUGGCACCACACAACCAGCUAUCACCAACAGCUUCCUUAUUAACUCCAUGCAACCCAAUUUCUUCAUCAAUAGAAGAUAGAGUUGACAUACACGAUAUAAAUAGUACAGACGGAAAUGUACUGUCUAGUAUGAAGUGUCAAGAAGAAUUGUACCCACCACCUUUAGCUGGCCUCAGAGACGAAGGCAGUUUGUCUCAGACUGCUAUAUGUCAACCAGAUAACAACUUUGCUCCACGAAGUGGAAUUCCUGAAAGUGAAUCAGACUACGGGCUAGGACUAGUAACAUUACAACCUUCCUCUGGUUUCCUCACAGAAUCAAUCCAUCAAGGUGUGGCUGACCAGUGGAUUCAAAGCAAAAGAGAGGAUAUUAUUAACCAGAUGACAGAAGCAUGUCUAAAUCAAACACUGGAUGCCCUGAUUUCUCGUGACCUAAUAAUGAAGGAGGACUAUGAGCUCAUCAGCACCAAACCCACAAGAACAGCCAAAGUCCGACAACUCCUGGACACUAGUGACAACCAAGGAGAAGACUUUGCCAAAGUCAUUGUUCAGAAGUUAAAGGACAAUAAGCAAAUGGGUCUUCAACCUUAUCCAGAACUAUGUAUGUUAUCCAGUCCAGUCUCUCUUAUAAGCCUGAUGCCAACCCACCUCAAAAGCAAGUGACUAUUAUUCAGAUUUGUUUAUUUGGAUCUACUGUUACCUUGGUCCUAUAAGCUAUGAUGUCAUAGUUGUUUCAUCUUCAGUGUUCUUUGCAUUGAACUAUGGGUUGCACCUAGUGACAUUACAAUAUUUUACAAGUUGAAAUAAUUUUCUUAUAAACCAGGCAGAGUGAAUUUUAUCAUGAACAGAUCCCAUUUGUCUGCCCUUCACAGUUGUUGGUUCUCCAACAAGUAGAGAAUUUUUUAUUUUAGUCUUUUACCCAGAUGUUACAUUGUAUGGAACUCUGAAAUAGUGUCACACCUUUAUGAGUGGAGGCUGUUCUUAAUUAUGCAUUUCUGAAAAAAAUCCAUUGAUUGCCUCAUUAGGAUGACACUACAACUCAAGUGAUGUUUACAGCUGAAUUUUUAGAAAUAAAUUUUAGCAGGACUUAAAUGGAAGAGUUGUUUUGACUCGAUUUGCCAAAGCAUCAUAAAUGUGCAUAGCGCCAAUUGCAGAUUUGGAGUUUUGCAAAAAGCUUAGAAAGUAAGUAACAAAAGGUCAACAAUAUCUCAAAGAUGUUGGAAAUUUUUUGGAAAUCCUCAAAAGGCAGCUCAAUCCUUUAACAACUUUUGUUAAGCUUGAAGGAGUGAGAAGUGAUUAAAAUGAAUGCAGAUAAGAUUAAAACACAAGGAUGAAUCUACAGGAAAACAAAAGCACCUGGGUCUUCCCGGCUCUGAACCUCCAGAUAUAACUGUGGACAUGUGGUGGAUAGGAGGGUGCUGAUUUUAUUGUUACUUAAGUAUGACAUUCCCAUAGGCACUGCAGCAGGAACUUCCUCCAGGCUUCAACCACAGCUAUCGUUACGGUCACUGAAUAUGCUAUUUGAUGCAAAAUGGUUGCUGGAGAUGUUCCUGCAGCAAGUGGCAUUCCUCUGCAUUCAGCUUUAUGAUCAGAAUCCUAUGAAGACAACCUUUUCCUUUUCCAGUAGCAACAGGCACCAUGUCAAGUAUGGCAGACAAGGUAACUGGUCAUUAUUGUUAUUGAAAUGCUAACAUUGUUUAUUCCUCAAUAGAUACUGCCUGACCUGCUGAGUAUUUCCAGCACUGUGUUUCUAUUUAAGGUAGACUGACUAUUGUCCAUUCUGUAGAUCCAACUGAAAAAGUUUGGCAUACCAUAACUCCAGUGGUUUGUAUCGCCCACCAAAGCAGACCACAUGGACCUUAAAAUCUAGAGCACACCUUUUCUUAGUGAAAGCUAGAUAAACAAUAACAGGAUUCAGGUGGUCAGAACAAAGCACUUUUAUUCUUUUCUCAACUACUGGGAUUUAUCAUACUGGUUUAUGGGUUCAAACCUAUUAUUUAUUAAUGAAAACUAUAUUUCUCUCCAAGUGCCUCAACUACAUAAAUAUGAGUCUAUCUUCCAGCUGGAAAACAUAGUACUACAAUAAGGGACUAAGAAGAAGGAGUAAGCCAUUUGUCUGCCUGUUAAAAGCUAAUGCUUUCUCUGCCAUUCAAUAAGAUCUGUCUGCAAGAUGGAAAAACCUGUCCAAGCCUUGGCUUUUAAUAGGCAGAUAAUUUGAUCUGCAAGAUUGCAAGAAGAGACAAAAUCUGGGUGUAGUUUAAUUAAUAUAAUUCUGAGAGGUAGACAGAAUAAUAGUUGCACUGUAUUCCAGCCAAUUAUUUCCAUGUCUGUCUCUCAGAAACCUCACAUAACUGCCAACCAAAUUCAUUACCUCAGACUGAAGACCAGUGUCCAGGUUAUAACAAUCCAGACACAAAUGUAACAAGUUAUUUCCUUGGAGUAGAGACCACCAAUGACUACAUUUAGCCAUUGGCUACUCUAGCUAGUUAAAAGCUUGACAGAAGGUUGAGGAUCAGACUCAUGGAAAAAAACAUUCUAUCAGGUCACACUGAACUGAAGUGAUCGCUAUAAUUUUCUGUUGUGUGAACCUGUUCUAAUUAAUAAAAAUAGUCUCAGACAAAAGGAUGUUUUUGUUUGCAGGAUAAAAAUAGAAAGCAUAUACCAUAAACAAUGAUGUUGGGUCCACAUUGUUCUUUAUGAACAGAAGUCCUAACUACACUAAUGAUCUGCCAAAGUGAGAUGCAUUCAACUCUGCCUCCUGAGGUACUGGUGACAUGUACAUCUUGUACACUCUUGUAUCCUUCUGAUGGUCUCAGUCCUCAAUGAGGAAAUGCUAAUUGAGAAUUCCAACACUCACACUCAUUGUAAUGCUGCUUGAGCCAAAAAAAAGGUUUUGCACAAACGUUUAAGAAGCUACUUCUAAAAGUGAAGAAAGAUGCAGAGCUUUCAUUUUGUACUUUAAUUAUGUCCUCAACAGUGGUGUACGUAAUGAGGCCCACUCCUUCAUAUACCACCGUUUGACUAUUUGUCUAGGGAUUCCCAUUUAUCAUUUGCCUUCCUAAUUGCUUGCUGUACCUGUUGUUUCUACCAAACUGCAUGACCUCAUGUUUUUCCACAUUUUAUUCCAUCUGCUACGCCCUUGCUAAUUCACUUUUCAUGUCUUUUUUCCUGCAAAACCCAUCUGCAUCCUCCUGCCAUCACCACCUAGCUUUGUAUAAUCAACAAAACCUAACAAGACCUAAUGAGCCUCUUGGCUCUCUCAUCCAAAUCAUUAAUAUAGAUUUUGAACAGCUGGCUCCAACGCCUGCAACAUUCCAACAGGCACAGCCUCAGAAAUGAAGUGAUCUGUUUACUCUUAAUCUGUUUUCUGUCUGUUAACCAAUCCUCAGUCUGUGCCAGAAUAUUAGCUCCAAUCCCAUGUGCUCUGCUUAAUAACAGAUUGUGUGACACCUUAUCUAGGACCUCUCAAGGUCCAACUACGCCAUUUCUACCAUUUCUCCUGUUCGCUACAACCUUAAACAGAUUUACUAAAUGUGAUUUGCCUUUCAUAAAUCCAUGUUGAUACUGCCCAAUUCCAUUAUUAUUUUCCAAGUGUCCCACUACCAGUUUUAAAUAAUAGAUUCCAGGAUUUUCCUUAUAACUGAUGUCAGGUUAAUUAAUCAAUAGAUUCCCGUUUUUCUUCUCCUUCCUUUCUUAUUGGUGGAGUUACAUUUACCAUCUUCCAAUUUCCAAAAACCAUUCCAGGAUCUGUGGAAUUUUGGAAGAUGACAGCCAGCGCAACCUGAAUCUCCAUAACUGCCAUCUUCAAAAUCUUGAGAUACAGGUCAUCAGGUUCUGGGUAUUUAUUUCCUUUCAGUCUUGUUAAUUUCUCCAGUACCACUCUUUUACUAAAGUCAGUUUCUCUCAAUCUUCAUUCAUUCUCCAAGUUCCAAGACGUUUUCUUUAUUUCCAUGAAUAAAAUCACAGAAUACUUUGUGCUUCCACUGCCCUCUGAGGAAGAGAGUUCCAAUGAAGCAUGACCAUCUGAGUGAAAAAUAUUCAUCUCAACUCUCUCUUAAAUGGGGAAACUUUUUUUUAAACAGUGACCUACAGUUCAAGAUUCCCCCAGAAGCAGAAAAAUCUUCUCCAUCUCCAACAUGUCAAGAACCCUCAGGAUCCUGUAUGUUUCAACGAGGUGCCUCCUUACUCUUCUAAACUCCAGUAGAUCCAAGUCUAUCCUUUUAACCUUUCCUCAAAAGACAAUCUGCGCAUUCCAUGUAUUCAUCCAGUAAUCAUUCUUUCACCCGAUUCCAGUGUAUUAACAUCCUUCAUUAAAUAAGGAGACCAACACAUACACGGCCUCAGCAAUGUCCUAUAACAUUGUAUUCACUUCCCAAGCAAUAAGUGAUAACAUUCUGACCACUUUCCUCUUGGGUUUUUGAGACUUAAAGUGAUAUUAUUUUCUUCAAACUGUGUAUUAAUUCUUAAUGUUGGCUAUUACUGGUUUACGGUCAUAUUUUUUAAUGUACUUUCCCAAUCUACCAUAGGCACUCCACCCAGUAUAUUAUUUAAUUUGUUCAGAUUUUAGAACCUGGUUUCAAAUUGAAUUAAAUCACUUUCAAUUUUUAUAUAAAUUUCUAUUGUGUUAUAAUCACCAUUCCUUGAAGGCCACUUAACUACCUUUUCUCAUCACACAUUACCAGGCUGAAAAUAAACAAUUCUCUUGUUUGUUCCUUUACUUAUUGAUCUAGAAAACCAUCUUGUAUUUCCUCCUUGAAUUCAUCUUGCAUAGUAUUAAUGUUAAUUAGAUGUAGAUUAAAGAGCCCGCACGACUGUGUUACCCUUUUUUUAAUUCACCUAUAGUUUACUGAUUUAUACUAUGCACUCUAUUAUCACUACUGUUUGGGAGCCGAUAUACAAUUCCAUCCAAUCUGCGUAGAAAUGUAAAUUUAGGGAAGACAAGUAUGGCCAAGAUACUGGAGAAUAUCAUUAUAAUGUUAGAUGGCAUACAUGAUGGGCUUUCGUUUGUUUAGGUGACCCAUUCCCAUUGUCAUAACAGUGGGCAAUGCAGAAGGCCUCAGAACUUUGUUGUGACCCAGGGAGGGUUACAUAUUUUCCGAGUCAAUAUUUUGGGAAGUGCUAGUGUCCCUGGGACCAAUUGACUUCAAAGUAUUGCCAACAAUGGCAGCUGGGGAGUGGGUAAGAGAUGUGCCAAGUGGAAGUUUAGGAGGAAAGUUCAACCUAGGUGAGCAUUGGGGGCUUUAUGAUGAUCAAGGCCUCGGACCGGGGUAAUGAACUCAGGAAGAGGAUGAUUGGUUGAGGGUUGGGAAGGGGAUCAGAGUAUUGGAAUGUGUGGUGGAUCUCAGGGAAUGGGAUCUGGACUUCGUGACCUGAGGCCAGGGAGGGUGGGUGCGGUUGGGAGUCAAAGACGGUAUUGUGAUUGGCAGCUGAGGGAGGCAGGGUUGCAGUUGAGAGUUGAAGGGGGUCAGAGGUAUGACCAGAAGCUGGGGAAAGAUGUGAUUGGCAAUCUGGGGCUGGUGAUGAUGGGAAUCAAACAGGUAGAGGAUGGAGGUCAGUUCCACGUCAGGUGGGGCUGGUUACAAAGGUAAGCAGAGGGACUUAGCUUGGUGGAAAGGACUCCCACCAAUCACCGAUUAACAACUACUCCCAGAACUAGGUAAUUCAGUUUCCUGCACAAUAUAAAAUUACAUUAUAUCAUUCUGGUCACAUGAUCAGCAAGAGGGUGAAAUGUGACUGGAUGUACUCAGUCAAAUUUUCAGCGAAAUAUUAAGUGUCGCAAAAUUAUCGCAGCUGCCAGUCAAAUACUAGUCAAAUUUGGAUUACAUUUGCACUGGGAAAUCCAAUAUCUAUGCCAUGGAAUUUAUUAAUGAGAAAUCUGUAACAUUAGCAUUUUAAAAUUUGAUCCUCUACUUAGCUUCCUUUAGUCUGGAAAAUGAACAGUAAAGGCCAAUCAUCCGCAACAUUAAUACUGAACUGUUAAUCAGCCUUGCAGAGCGCACCACUGCAUUAACAUUGUUAGUAUGUUUUCAUCAUAAGUAGUGAUAGAAGUAAUACAAGAGCUGCUAAUUCCUUUGUGAAUCUGCAGGAGUUUGCUUUAUGAACUGGUUAAAUAUGAUUUGCUGAGCAUUUUAUUUGUAUAUUAAAAUAUUCUUCAAGAAAAAAGUGAUGCCUGAAUGGAAUAGUUAUAUUUGGAUACAGCACAUUGAAUGGAAGUGAUGCUUUUUGCUGCUUGAAUGGAAUUCCCUGCCACCUAUAUUUUCAUGCUCUUCAGAAGUUCCCUCCUGAUCUCAUCAGUUGGACUUGCACACCAAAAACAGAUGAAAAUUAGAAAGCUUUAUUGCAUCUUUGAAUUUUGUAUUCUGUGCUUUGUUAACCUCCAGUUUUUAAUUUAGUAGGUGAAAUUCCUAUGUCUUGAUACUAUUUCAUGAUUUUUUUAUAAAAGGUGUUCCUGCUUUGGAGCUUAAUGCAGUAAUUGUAAAAUACUCUAUUUUUCCAUAAUGUGCUUGUGUUGACUUACAUAAAAUUAAAAUAUAAAUUCUGUGUAGAAUUUACAAAUGGUUUGUUGUUUGGUUACUUGAAAAAUAUUGUUACUUGCUGACAUGAUUUGCAAUGCUGACCUACUGUUGUGUUCCUUUCAAAUCCACCAAGA